AUGCGUAUCAAGCUACUUUUUCUCUUCUUCAUGGGAUUAGCGAUGGCUAGUAGUAGAGAUACUGCAUCAUCUUCUCUCCCAAAAUCCACCAUCAAGAAGUUUGAUUCAGUUACUGACCAUGCUGAUUACGUAUCAAUUGACCCCCACUAUUCACCUCUAACGAAACAAAUCCCAAAUAAAAUCAAGGGAUUCGCUGAAGAUGGAGGAUCAUCUCGUCUCUCCACUGACAUCAUUAAUCGAUACAGAUCUUUCAAAGAAUCUGCUGACAAUGUCGGACCAUCUCGUCUCUCCACUGACAUCAUCAAUCAAUACAGAUCUUUCAAAGAUUCUGCUGACACCACUAACCAUCAAACUGACCGUAAUCAUCCACCACCAACUCUCCAUGAAAACAUGCCCUCCAGAAGAAAGAGAUCCAUCUCCGCCUAUUCAUCUGCUCUAUUCAGAUUAAGAAGAUCAUCCAACGAUGUCACCUUCUCCACUCUCCAAUCCCGUAUUGCCGCCCUCGCUCGUGUUGUGACUGGAGUGUCGUUGUACAAUGGACUAGUUGACAAAUCCAUUUCUUCUGACCAAGCCAUCACUGAACUGAUGAAUCUUGGAUCAAUCCAGCUGAAGGAUUUGGAAACUUUUGACAACAAAAAAGUCGAAGCGUUUGUGAAGAACUUGAAGGAAGUCAGCAGCAAAAUGGGUACACAAUCGGUUACGUUGGAGAAACAAAUUGUGGACCUUUAUACGAUGAAAAAUGUGUGGAAUGGCUCGAAAAACUUUGAAACUAUUCCGGACGAGGCCAGUUUCAAAGGUUUGCAAUAUUUGGAGAAUCUGGAUUUGACAGUUUUGGAAAACUUCAAAGUUGGAACCGACUCCCAGAAGUCAUUGGAAACUCUUACAAAUGCUGCCAAAGCUGUGGUGGAUGCUAUUGAAAAGGGGAAUGCUUUGAAGACUUUGAAACAGAUGACUCCAUUUCAUCAGUUUACGCAAUUAGUGGAACAUUACUCAAACUCGAAACCAGGUGAUAUCCAGCUUUUGACGCCUGCAAAUACUGCACCAUUGAAGACAAACCUAAAGAUGCUUCAAGGAUUCAGCAGCAAAACUGAAGUGUUAUCGACAUUGAGUCGAAUUGCAUCGUCUGGAAUGGAGGCUUCAACUGAUAGAAUGCACACAUCAGGUUUUAUCAAUGGACACCGUGAUCUAAACCAACUCGUAAAAGACGUUGGAAAUGCAUGGUUACAAAAUUCUCUGGGAACAUUUGAUUUGAAAGAGGGAUUAUCGGUUUUUACUGGCUUAGCAGAAAAAAUGAGUGCAUUGGAUGAAAAGUGGAACAGCGCAAGAACAAAGACAGUAAGAAGAUCACUCCAAACUGCCAAAAACUUGGAGUACAGUUCAAACUUGGUCAAGUAUAAUCCUGAUUCAUUGGACACUGCAUUCCAGUCGUUUCAAAAAUUUCCAGCAGUUUUACAACUUCUGACAAAUAAUUUGAAAGGCUUAAGCAAGGAUUUUAUAAAACUUCUCAAAGUGGUCGAAAUAGUGUAUUCCAUUUCUCGAUCGAAAAGCUUGGAGAGUUCAAAAACUCACCUGUUACUACUAAAAAAUGGGGAGAAAGUUAAAGAUGUCGUAGGUCGAAUUAUGCAGCAGUCCUCCUUCUAUGCUAGUGUUUCUACCCAUCCCAAAAUCAUAGAAUACAAGGAAUUCUUUGAUUUUUUGAAGACUUUAAACGAGGACUUUACCAGUCUUUCUGCGGCCACUCAGUUUGUGAUCGACUUACGAAAUCUCAAAGAUGAACAGUCUUUCGAGACUGACAUUACGACUGCUUCAUCUGCUGUUUCUGGUUCUUCCAAGCACAUCUCAACGAUUCGAUCAAAGAUUGAGGAGAUCACGAAAUCAGAAACUGGAAAGAAGUUGGUUGAAUUCAAAGAGUUGGUAAAGUUCUCAAAACCACUUGGAGAUUCUUCAGAAGCUUUGUCAAGAGUUCAGAAGGUGUUGGAGAAGAAGAAAGCGUUGUUGGACUUUGUGGAAAAUGGACAUUUGGUGGAGGAGGCUGUUGAACUAAUUCCUGCGCCUAUGGACCAAUUCGAAGUGAGAAAAGAUUGGGCUGGAUUCGAUGAAUUGAGUUCGAAAAUCCUAGAUCAGUUGGACAAGAUUCAGAAAUGGAUUGAUGGUUUGGUGAAGUCAGAAGACCUGGACUCGUAUGGCUCUACUCUGGAGAAGUUAUCUGGAUUGGGAGAUGUGGAUUUGGAGAUGAAUCGGAGACUGGCGGCUGUCGAUUUUCUUCAGCAACAGAUUAUUCGGUUCAACCUUCAAAGCCCAAAAAUUGUGAAAUUCAAGGAGACGAUCAGCCCAUUGGAGUCGUUGAAUCUUGAAUUCUCGAAAUUCGAUGCAUCCCUAUCAACGAUGUCUUCAACCCUGACUGGACUCAAAAACGUUGGUGGAAAAGCGGUGAACAGUACCACAAUGGCUGCAGGUCUGAUUGGAGAAAAGGAAGAAUCUGAUAACUUCUGGUAUAUUGUUAUCGCUACUAGCAUUGUUGUUGUGGUUAUUGCGAUCGUUUUAGCGGUUGGUAUAAUAUAUUGUGGAUGGUUCAAAGAAUGUCGCAAUAAGAUGAAGGGCAAACGAAAACCAAAAAAUAAAACAACACCUUCUGUUACACCGGUCACUCCAAAUACAGAUACUGGCAAAACGAUGAGGACGACACCAAUUCAAAAAGAUGAUAAAAAAGUUGUGAAACCGCCAUCAACUGGAAAGUCGAAAGUAGCUUCAUCUGUAGCUAAACCAGCAGGAAAUAACAAAUCUCGACAAGAUAAUAAGAAUAAGAAUGAUCAGAAAAAUCAGAAAAACCAGAAGAAUCAGAAGGAUCAGAAGAACCAGAAGAACCAGAAUACUCAGAAACGUGUUCCCUCAUCAUCAAAAAAGAACCAAUCUGGACGAGGUAAUAACAGUAAUCGGAAUAAUCAGAAUGAUGAGGCACCAGUAGCUCCACCAGCAGGAAGCAACCGAACACAACGAAAUAAUCAGAAUGCACGAGAAAUCGUAACUGUCCAACCAGGAAAUUUAUCGGCAGAAGAGUUCUCAGCAAAAAAUAAAUCGAGUUACAUGGAGAGCCAAAGUGAUGAUGACACCCUCCGUUGUGUUAAGUCAAUCACAAAUGAUUGGUGUUGA